GGCGCGCGGGGCCGGUCCUAGCCGGUUCUGACCUGUUCCCACCGGCCGGGGGCGCGGGGCGGCGGGUGUCGCAGUGGUGGCCCGUGAGGGGAGCCUUGGCGCGGCUCUGCAGCUGACGUGCUGCUCGGCCUCCUGUGCUUUGACGACAGUGUCACAGCAGUGACGGCCGGAAGAGAAGCGAUGCGAGAUGCGGAAGGAGGGGUUGUGUGUGAUUUAAACGGUGCGAGGUUGGGAAGGGGGGCCUUGCGCGACAGUCCUUGUCGUAGGUCGUGGGUGACGCUGCAGGCAGUGAGCUAGCAGUGACGGCAGAAACCAGCUGUGGCGGCGAGGAACUAGGCUGCUGUGAGAAGGAACCCUCCGCUCCAGGGCUGGCUGCAGGACAAUGGCCGCCUCCUGCUCCUCUGCCCCGAAGCGGGGUCCAGAGGGAAGAGAGGGGCUGUGCAGGCAGGGGUCGUCCACAUCGGCCCAGCCUCAACCAUGCCGUGAGGGAGCACUUUCGUUUUCCCUGUAGAACAGGCAACCCAUGGAGGCUUUCAGGACCUGACUGGCCAAAGCAGCCUGGUAUUACCUUAUAGCAGACCCUGCUGUGAGGUCUUGAUGUCACUUUCAGUUUUGAUUAUCAAAGGUUCCUCUUUUUUUUUUCUGGAAAGCGUUGUUGGUCUAGCAUACUUUUGUAAUCCUUCUUUACCUCAUUUCCACUACUGUUACAAAGCAGGGGUUCAUUUUUUUGGCUGUAAGUGCUGAAGUGCAAAUGCUUACUCUGCUAUGCGUUAAUCUACAAAAGUGCUGUUACUGCUUCACACUUCUUCACAAGCUAUUCAAAUCCUAGUUAUGCUGCUCUCUUCUAGGUAGAUGCCUAUUUUUGCUGGUAAGUCAAAGUUCAAUCUAGGCACUUAGCAGUUUCAUUUAAUUCUGUACAGUCCACUAAGAUCUAGCAAGAGCCUGCUGUAAUGAGAAUGGUGGUGACCAGCAUACAGCAGUAGUCACAUUGGUGUUCUCUUUAGUGAAAGGUUUGUGAAAAAUACAACACAAGCAAGAGGUUGUUUUGAUGAUUUUCAGAAAGUGAGAUUUGAGUCUUUAAUUCAAAAUCUCUGAAUGAAAUGAAGGAUGAAUAACCAGUUGACCCUAGUAUCCAUUUCCUAUAGAAGAUACACAUAGAAGCAUCAGUAAAUAGUGAAACUUACAAUGCCCCAUAGCUCUGUAGAUCCAGGUCUCUGCAAGUGUGCUAGGAAGCAGGAUCACAGGUAACUUCCAGUGAAGGCAGACAGUAUUUUGCUUCCUUACUGCUGUUAGGACAUGUGGUGAUAAGAGGGUGCUGCUGGCAGCAAGAGAAAACUUCUGUCUAAGCUGGCUUUUUUCCUUAGUCACUCAAUUGUUUUACAAUCCCCACAGCAAUAUAAGUAUGUAAAAAGUUAUGUUGGGGUCCUGCAUAUUAGGGCAGUAGUUCAGCUUGUGCUUUAAGAGAACUCUCAACUUCUGGAAUAGGUUACAUACCCUGCAAAUGGCAUCUCUGGACUCUGAAAUACAUCACAACACAUCUCUUAAUCAUCUUCUCAGUUUCUAUAGAAACUGAGGCAUUAAAAUCCAUUCAUCUCAUUUUGCAUGUUACAUUUUGCUCUGUGCUUUACAAGGACUCCUGAGUACCCCAGUCAAAUGCGGCUUAGCAAAUACCUUUCCUUUCAUAGUAUUCGGUGUUUGUGCAUGGGUGAUCUUCACUAACAGCACUAAAAAUUGACUAUGAUGUCAGUUGAACAUAACAAUUGUUUCCAUGUAAGAUCUUGGAAGAGCACAAUUUACUACAUCAGGAUUUUUUUAAAAAGUUCUCUAAUAGAUAAAAUGACUGUAUUUUAAGGACUGCAUUACUCAGAAGACAGUUUUGUUUAACAGUAGGAUUACACACUGAAGCAAAAGUCAUGGUUAGUUAUUUUUCUGGUUUGUACUUUGGAAGUGCCAUCUGCCAUCCCAAACCAUUUUAACAAUACUCUAUUACAGCUGAGCUGAAGCUUUAGUGGAGAAAGCCCUGAUCCUCGAGAGACUUACUCUGCUUGGAGCCACAAAAUUCAAUAGAAUGCCUCAGAAUACUUGGACACAGGCACUUGUGUCACUGUGGUUGCAGGAGAGGCUUUAGUUUGCAGUCCCCAUGAAAAUAGUUGCUUUUUCAGGACAUGGAAAGGUCAGCACAUGAAAAGGCUGUGACUGACCCACACUUAGAAUGCUCUCAGUGUUAUUGCAAAAAAUUGCCUGUUCUGUGGUGGAGCUUUGCUGGGCAGCACUCCUCAAUCACAGAUUUUAUGCAGAUAAAAUCAUUAGCCUUGGGCUCAUGACACAAGCAGUUGCGUUAGGCAAUUAGAUUUUGCCUCAGAGGCUUGAAAUAACCCUAAGAACCAAGUUACAGAUAAGCCACUUCUGUUAAUAACGUAAGUUUGCAUAUAGGAGAUUAUUGUUCUUAGUUUGUGAUGCAAUAACAUAACAAGAGCCCAGCUUUUAGAAGCCAAGAAACAUCAACUUAAAAACAAAGUUCUCUCUCCAUUAGGCUCAACUUCAUGAUGCUGAGGGGAAUCACUCACAGUGCAAAAGGUACAUUUACUUUUUUGUUGGCAAGACCGCAGCACCAUGACCUGGGAUUGAAUUUUUCAUCAGUAUGGACUGAAGCAGCCAACAGAUGCUUCCUAAUCCGCUCCACUUACACAACGGACUCGAAAUCCAGAGAGGAGAAUAAAAAAACCAUUGAGAGUCUCUACAGAUUGUCUGUUGAUGUUAAGAAAAUACGCAGACUGAAGGAAUGGGUUCUUCUCCAGGAUGUGUCCUACGUUCAAGAAAUCGCUGGUAUUUUACAGGAAAUGGGAGCGGAUGAGGCUGCUGUAGCCAACAUUUUAGAACGCUGCCCAGAGGCAGUUCUCCAUACCCCUGCAGAGAUAAACUCUCAAAGAGCUCUGUGGCAAUUAGUAUGCCAGAAUGAAAAACAGUUGAUUAAAUUAAUAGAGCAGUUUCCAGAGUCUUUUUUUACUACUGAGUAUCAUGAGAACCAGAAGGCAAAUAUACUGUUUUUUCAAGAGUUGGGACUUAAGAAUAACAUAAUCACCAGGUUCUUGACAAGCGCACCCAAUAUUUUCUAUAACCCCCUUGAGAAAAACAAAGACAUUAUAGAGACAUUACAAAGAAAUUAUUUAAGUUUAGGAGGUUCUGAUGCAAAUAUGAAGAUCUGGAUACUGAAGCUGUUGAGCCAGAAUCCAUUUAUUUUAUUAAACACCUCCACUGCAAUCCGGGAGAACUUGGAAUUUCUCCAGAAGAAUGAUUUCACUGACCAUGAAGUUCUGCAGCUGCUGUCCAAACUUAAAGGUUUCAUUUUUCAACUCACUGCUUCUACUAUGAAGGAGAGUAUGCAUUUUUCCAAAAGAGUCUUUAAGUGCAGCGAUCAAGAAUUAAAAGAGCUUGUGCUGAAGUGCCCAGCCCUUCUCUACUAUUCUGUUCCAGUUUUGGAAGAAAGACUUGAAGGACUUCUGAGGGAAGGAAUUUCUGUAGCACAGAUUAAAGAGACACCAAUGGUGCUGGAGCUGACAACACAAAUUGUCCAGCACCGAAUUAAAAAACUCUCUGCUUUGGGGUAUGAUAUCAAGACUGGAACUCUAGAAAGCUUGAAUGGUACUAAGAAAGAUUUUGAAGUCAAUUACGGUAAGAUACAAUCGAAGAAGGAGAGACCGAUUUUUAAUCCUGUUGCUCCUAUACACAUUGAAGAUUAAUUUGAAUACUGUACUUUGAAUUAUGAAAAGGAAAAUUGUCAAAGAGAAAAAGAUGAUGGUUGAGAAGAGCUGAAACAAAAGUAAUCUUAACCAGACUGUAGUCCUACACUGUACUUUGUCCUGGAGCAGGUCUUGGGCACAUCUUCAUUGUACAGUCAUAGCUUUCUAAUGCUUUCAAAUAAUAUCACAGAACCUGGUUAUGAUAAUGGUUGCCUUUUUUUUAACACAGGGAAUACCUCACAUGUUUGGGGCUUUUUUUGUUCUGUUACAUUCCCUUAUCUAACAGGGCAUUAACUGGUUUGGAUUUAAACUCUGUUACUGAACAGUCCAGCCUGUGGCAGUGAUUAGCACAAUCUUUAUCUAUCUGAGAAAGAGAAAUGGAGGAUUAUUUUUCCAGCAGUGUUCAUCAACCCAGUGGCUCACUGAUGUUUGGAAACUCUCUUGGAGUUCCAUCAUGUCUUGCUGCAGUAAAGAAACUACAAGACAACCUCCUUUACAUUUCUGAAACUUCAAAAUUUACUCCUUUUUCAAAAGGUUUGGGGCAGGAACAAAUACAUUUAUUGCUA